AUGAGUCUCUCUUUUUUUUUUGAGAGGCCAUCUUUCUUGUCAAGUACCUCUUCAACUCUUUCUUCAACUAGGUCGGACGCGCAAAGCGCUCCACCUGAGUUAGAGCGGGUAUUUGAUCGAAUCUGUGAUGAAUACGCAGAGUGGGUGGUGAGAGCCGGUAAGCAAUUACCCCCAGAAUGGAGCAUGCCGGGCCUUGUUCGGACAGUGAUUGGGGACGAGGCUAUUCACAUCCCAGGCUUUAUCAAGGAUUCAUAUGUUGAUGUUAUGUUAUAUGGACAAAAUAGUUGGUUAUGCAACGAGGAGUCUCUGGCUACUUUUCGAAAUGUUAUCGCAGCAGAAAAUGAAGCGGAAAUAUAUGAGCGAAUUAGGGUUCUCGAGAACCAGCAUUACUACAAUAUCCCCCCUCAUAAUAACCCGGGAGAUUACGCGAGGCUGGUUCGAGAGCACUUCGAUCAAGCCCUAAACGUAGAUCACUACUGGGAAAUCUUUGAUCGAGAGUAUCUCGAACUACGCGUAUUAGAUAAAAAGGCCGGUCUGCAGGAUAAACUCUUAAAUCUGAUGCUUGAUGAGCAGAAUCUUGCUCGAAUUAUGGAGCUAUCUCCCUAUUCAAAUAAACAAGUAAACCUAAGCGGCCGCAAUUUAGAAAUCUAUCGUGAAUUCUACUCGCAUUUCACCGAUGACGAAUUCCGUCGACAACAGGGGUUGCCCUUACCAUAA